AUAUCAGUUCUCAUCAUGAUGAUUCACCUAGUAGUGGUUCUGCUUUGGUGCUCUGCAGCACUUCCUGCCUUCCUUGCGGCGCCAUCUUUACCUCCAGUCACCUGUGAUAGUAAAAGUGUGGCGGGGGCUGCGAGACUUGGUGUCCAACACGUCAAUGGAAAGCACAAUCAUGGAUUCAGGUUCAAGCUGCAAGAGGUCCAGAGCAGCAAGUAUCAACAGAUAUCAGGAGGUUGCCACAUAGAUGUGAAUGUGAAACUAGUGCAGACCAAAUGUCACUUCACCAACCCCAAACCUGAUGACUAAUGUGAGCUGUGGUGGAGAGAUGAACGGGGUGCAGUUGCCACCUGCAGCAUUGACUUUUGGGUGAUGUGGGGUGCGGCCAAAGUCACCAGACAUGAAUGCACCACCAGACCAGACCUGACCAAUGAGGAGCUGGUGACUUGUCCUUACUGCCACAAGUUGUUGCCUCUGGAUGACCCGACAGCUGUGAAGGCUGUUAAUGACUCCGUGGUGAAGUUCAACCAUGAGAGCAAACAAGAGAAUUACUUCACCCUGAUGGAAGUGGCCCACGUGACAAUGGGGUCUGUUCUAACCAUUGGCACAAUUACCUCACUCAAAUUUGCCCUGGUUGAGACCACAUGUCCCAGAGAAACCAGGAAUACUUUUGUCACCUGCACGCCUCGCUGUCCAAACAGGGCUCAUCACGCCUUUUGUCACACCUUCUAUUACAACUUGUACAGACAAGUGGGAGAACUUGAGUGUGACUUGUAUCCACCAAAGAAUCCAGGCCCCCACCCGACUGAUGUGCCAGAACCUGUAUGCGGCCCGUUGUUCCACCAAAGUCCAGAAGCCUGUAUUUGCAAGGAGCGGCUGAACUACCCUGAUCGUACUCUCCACCAAAUUUGUCCAUUCCCGCUUAAGUGAUUUCAUUGCUUGU